AUGAAACGCUCAUUGGAGAUAUUAGUGUUUACAAUUUUUGAAAUUCAUUUUGAAGGAGUUAUGUCGAUUGAGGACUUAUCAAAAAGAUCAGUAAAUGCAAUAGUACCAUAUUCCGAAUCGAGUAUUUUGAAAGAAUUUCAUGAAACUCAUAGAACAAUCCGAAUCAGCAAUCGCCAGUACGAAUUCACACAAAAAUGGAAUCAAAACGGUGUAUCCGGUGUUCUUUGGGAUUCGGUAUCACUAAAUUUAUUGACUUUUCAAUUUCAGGCAAUUGUAUUAUCAAAAUAUUUGAUAUCACAUCCACAUCUGAUAACCAGUCGACGCGUUCUCGAACUCGGUGCUGGACUCGGUUUGCCAAGCAUAAUCGCAUCUGAGAUUGGUGCUUCGGCUGUUGAUUGCACCGAUCAGCUAUUUGCAGUGCCACUUCUUCGUGAGAAUAUACAACGAAAUACCUUAACACACGCACAGACCAUCCAUGUAUUCCCGCUCGAUUGGCAAAUCGAUAAGCCGAAACAUAAAUAUCAGGUUAUCCUUGGAGCAGAUUUGGUUUACAACGAAAAACUGUUCAGUUCAUUGAAAAGGAUAAUGCGACUUUCAAGUGACCAAUCGACUUUGAUAUUGUUUAGCAGUCGAAUUCGUUACGAAAAAGAUAAGAAGUUUUAUGAAAGUCUCAAAGUUGAGGGACUGAAUGUGCAAGAAGAAUUUUAUGAUGCUCCUACGGAUGUUCGUAUAUAUCGUAUCAUUUCUUCAUCUUCAAAUGAUCUUGUUGGUGAUGAGUUGUGA